AUGAUCACCGGGAGUCAAUCAUGGAAUAGCAGCUUUGCAACCACUCCAACAGGUUCGGGCUUUUCUGUGUCUCCAACCGGGUCCACGGGCGCAGCAUCCCAGUCGAUCACGAACUCCGUGCCUGGAAUUACCAGCAUGAGCUCGACUACUAACACUGUAACUGGAGGAUCGACAGAUCUUAGCGAUAGCGGUAGUCCUGAGCCUACUCGGACGCCAACUACUGCGACGGCAGGCAAUAAUGGUGGCAUGACAACGACUUGGGCGAGCAGUAACUCGACUGCCCCGACGCCAUCUCCCUUCCCUGCCGCCAACUACACUCAAGUAGCUUUCCUGGCAUCACUAGCCGAAGACACAUGCUAUCACCUGCCAGAAGAACCCCAUGGCGAGCUAUCGCGAAGAGCGUUGAUGCGCAACAGCAAGCUUCGCGAAGACAAUGUCACAGUUCCCGUCCCAUACAUCCAGAGUGUUGAGUUCGAGAGCGAAGGCGUCCGGCCGUUGUCAAUGACUGUACGCGACAAGUCGCAGGGCACAUUCCACAUUGACAUUUCGAACCGGAGUCGACUGGCCAUCGCCAGCAGCGAUGGGUAUGCCAUGCAGAUUGACGGUUCUGGGAUUCGAUUCGCGACCAAGGAUUGUCGAUAUGAUGUAAACAUCACCAUCCCCAAUUUAUUCUCUCAGAUUGCGAACCUCUCGAGUGUGGGAUGUUCGGUCGGCACAGGCGCACAGCCUUUCCCCUCGCCAAUUCCCGUUCCAUUGAUAAACACCAACACCAAGCGAGCCGAGGACAUCAAGUUCAACCAGACACUCUUGCUCAGGGACCAGUGCGGCAGCCCCGUGACAAAGGCAAUCCGGGCGUAUCCCCAGCUACGGGUUGGCGAAACCACAUGCCAGGACAUCGCCGUGGAUGAGAACUCGGGGACCUGGGAGUUUGACUGCACGUUCCCGGGCGCCAUCUCCGGGAUCCUCAAGUGUCAAAACGCCGUGAAGAAUGAUAUCAUAGACUUCCUCAACCGCGACUCGUUCGGCGGCGCAUGCCCAGACAUCUCAACGAUGAUCGCCACGCUUGGAGUCACGGGCAACGAUAUGCUCAGCAGAGACGCUCUUGGUGUGGCGCUAUACAACCAACGAGGGGCCUCAAACGCGGACAACAGCUCCUCCGUCAUCGAGAACGUCGCGUCGGGAUACACCCUACUGUGGGAAUCACUCCAGGGCUUCUUCACCCCCCAGAACGCCAGCGUGAACAGCCCGUGGGAGGAGUACAUCGGCACGUACAACAAGCACCGCAGCUUCGAGAACGACAUCUGCGAGGACCUGCACACGGGCGAGAUCCCCCUCAGCCUCAAUCUCCUCGUGGGUGCGACGUACAUCGACGCCGUCACGACGCUCAACUGGGCGCCCCGCGCGGCACGGUCAUACAACGUCACGGUCCAGGACCCGGCCGCCAUCGCGUGCUGUCCCAACGGCAGCGAGGCGGACGACCAGGGCAAGGACACGUGCGCGUACCCGAGGGAGGCGGUGAUUGAGGACACCAACUGCAGCUGCGGCAAGACGGCGGGGGGCCAGUCGCUGGCGUUUGAGGCGAUGGAGUGCGACAACUUCGAGGGCCGGUGCGAGAGGGACGAGGACUGCCAAGGUGGAGGGUCUGUCUGCGUAGUUGGGACAUGCUGCGGCGGGGGAGUGUGCGUUGAUCCGUACGCGUGCUCGCAGAACGGGACUGCGUUGGUCAAGUUUGCUGACGGCUGGUCGUGA